UAAUGCGCACAGAUAAGAUAUGAAUAUUAGGUCAAAACCGGAAUAUCGACCAUUGAAGACGCUCCGUCGCAGUCAAAUUUCCCCAUGCGACCCUACCCACCUCGAGUGCCGCUGCGCGCCACGAUACUAUAAUAAUAAUUCUCCAGUUUCCAGUGACAAGUCUGACACCCAUCACGAUCCUAACCUCACUCAGUAAUUUUUAUCUGUUUAUCGCGAUAAAUAAACAAAUAAAUCAUUAAAAAUUCGAAAUAACCAAUGGAAUCCGCGGUUUUAACCUCGAGCUUAAGUUCAAAAUAAGUUCCCUCUUAUCAGGGAUAAUUGUGUGGAGUGCGUCGGUUGAUAAGACGAGUGGGAUGAUCUCAUAAGUAUUUCCUGUCAUUCAGCCCCAUCCAUUCACUAUAAUGAGAUGGAUAUUUUUAAUCAUCCUCAUCCCAACGAUUUACUGCCACGAAGACGAUACUUUGGAAAUCGUCUCCAAGACCCGCACUUCGUACCUGCAGAAGUAUGGGGGCUACGUGGACGUCGUCGUCAUGCACGUGGAAAUCCCGUCGGAGGUGUCUUUCGCGUCACUGAAAUUCACCGCUGAAGAAGCCCAAAUGUCGAUGUUUAGUUGUAGUCCUCGGAAAGUAUUGAUGUACAUGAAACACAAGUCUCUUCCGGUUAUUAAUCCGGACGGGUCGAGGUUUCCUGAUAGUUUUAAGAAUAUUAGCCGAUCUCAAUAUUACUAUUUAGAGUUGAGGAGCGACAAGAGCGUGAAGUAUUUAAAUUUGACGUCCCCUGAUCCUGGGUGUUAUUUUAUAAGUGCGUUUUUGCCGUACGACGAUCCCAAGCACGAAUCCAUUCAGCCGCCAGAACUGACCCCUGAGUGCUAUUCUUUCGUGGAGACCACCCUGUACGUAAAGCGGCGCCCUAGCGCGGGUCAAAUCGUGGAGGGCGUCCCCUACACCAUCGAGGCUUACACCUCCCACAGCUCCCUUUACACGUUUUACGUUCCCCAAUUUGUCAUCCACGCUUCCUUCCUCGUUGAGAAUAUAACUUUUGCCAAAACCGCGACCCGACUGACUGUUAGAGUCCAAUCUAGAAGCAUCCCGUCGGAGGAGACCGCCAUCAAAGCCGAGAUGAUCGAACCCAACUCGAAAGAAAAAUCCCUUACGGUUACGUUCAACACGCAGGAGGAGAACUGGCACUACGUGGAGUUUCUGUUCGAGGGGCAAGCCAAUCCUACCGAGAGCAAAUCUAGUCUGAGUUUUAUUCUGAAAUAUUUCGCCGAGGAUUCUGAGAGGACCACGAACGCGACGGCUUGGCGGGUUUUCAAUAGUAACGAGAUCACCAGAGUUCUGAAGUACAGACAAUACGAUUUAGUUAGGGAGUCUACGACUGAGAGCUUCUCGUACUCGUACGAACUGAGACAAAAGUUCACGAUUUCGUCCAGCGUGGCUGUGAAUUUGACCAGUAGCGAGUUCACGGUGUUGCAGUUCAAGCUGCGAGAGCACGCCGACAUCGGGGGCACUCUCCAGUUCGUUUUGGCUUUCAAACCGAGGGUCAAGGGGCGGUCGUUGGAGAGCGAGCCCAAAGACAAUAAAAUCAUCGCUUGUAUACGACCGGAGGCGCCAGAAUUACCCACAUGGCCGAACCAUUGCAGCUACGGCGGCGACCAAAUCGUGGCGCCUUUGGUUGUGAGUAAAGCUACGGAUAACAGCUCUAUGAUGAUUCCCUACCCUGAGUCGGGGGUGUGGUAUGCCACGUUUAAGUUGUUCUGCGGGGAGUGCGUCCCUUGCAGUUGUCCAGACAACUGUCAGAAAAUUUUCGAGGCUUGUGUCAAAGAUUGUCAGGCGACGUGUCAGACCAAAGACACCUGUAAUAACUGCUCAUUAGAUUGCAAGACUGAAGUGGUACAUUCCAAUGGUUGUGCGAAAUGCGACUGCGACGGACCCUGUCUUCGAAACAAAGAAGUUUGUAAUUCGAGCGUUGUCUUCGAUAUAUCGUCUACAGCCUGUGCCAACAAUUGUGGCAAACACGGGAGAUGCAUGUUCAUGGUGUGCGAUGGGGUGGUAUAUGCCACGUGCGUUUGUUCGCACAACUACAAAGGUAAGGAACGCCAUAGUAACAUAGGUUGGGAUUGCAGCGACGACGGCGACGCGACCCCCUACUACAUGCUCGUGAUCGAACUUCUUUUGUUGGUCUUCAGCAACUUGAUGUUCCUUCCCACUGUAUACGUAGCCUACCGACGCGAGUACCAUGUAGAAGCUAUUGUUUAUUUCGCCAUUUGUUUUUUCUCUACGUUUUACCAUGCCUGUGACGCCGGUGAAAAUAUAAUCAGUUUUUGUAUAACCCGUCUGGGGGCGCUUCAGUUCGCCGAUUUCUACUGCGCCCUUCUGGCCAUCUGGGUCACUUUGAUCGCUAUAGCUGACUUGCCGUCGUACUGGCCGACCAUGUGUCAUAUAACCGGUGCCAUAAUUCUAGCUUUUACCACGACUAUAAACAAAACGGGGAUUUGGGGGUUCAUUCUGCCUGUGGCAUCAGGGUUGUUUAUAAUCGUGGUCAAUUGGUACUUGAAAUGGAGGAAAGUAAGACAGUUGUUUUUGAGUAAACGGUAUUUGAGGGUAUGGAUACCUCUAGGGUUGGUAGUUGUUUGUGUAGGAUUGAUCAUAUUCGUAUUUUUGGAAACUGAAGCUAACUACAAGUAUUUACAUAGUCUGUGGCAUGUUCUCAUGGCAGUAGGGGUUAUUAUCUUGCUGCCGCGGAGAGAUACAUUCCAACCUCAAACAGAAUUAUAAUCUUGCUUUUAGUGAUGUUCGUCCACUUUUUUAGGUUUUAAGUCAUCGGCGUGCCUACGACGUACAAUAGUUUCCAAAGCACCUAGACUGGAAAUAGCUAGAACCCAUCCAUUUUUUAUUUUACUUGUAUCCAAACUGUGAUAAUUAAAUAAUGUUAUAUUUUCGUAAGUCUAGUCUCACAAUUCCAUGUUAUUAUACUCUAAUUUUACUACAUAAUACUGCAUGUUUAAAUGUUUGAAUAUAAUGUUUUACUAAG